UGCUAGACUGUCACAGUUUCCCUUAAGCAGUGGUAUAAGGCAGGGGGACACAUUCCGUGCUCUAUUGUUUUAAUUAUUUAUCUUAUUGAUUUUUUAACAAAAUAAAACUGAAAUUCUUUUAUGAAAUAAAAAAACGGAAAAAAGGGAAAGAGAAAACAAAUAUUUAAAAUUAAAGUGAAGCUAGUUAUAUAAAGUACGAUAAAAUAGUAGCUUAGUAACUUUUAGUGAACUAAAUGUGUUUAAUUAAGUCAAAACAUUGAUGAUGAAUUUCAUCUCGAUUUUUUACGUGAUUUUAUUCUAUUUUUGGAAUGUUUUUCUGUCAGCGGACGCUACCGCUAUGCUCAAACCCUCACAUCGAGGAACCAUGUGGACUCGUACAAAUUAUAAUUCGGCGGGAUAUAAUUAUAUGGGAAUUAACUGUGGAGGAAUAGGUAGGUUGAAACAAAACAAUGGAAAAUGCGGAUUGUGCGGAGAUCCAUUUAACGGAGUACGAAAACAUGAAUCUGGCGGGAAAUAUGCCACCGGAGCCAUUGCUGAUGUCAUUGACAAAGGUCAAAGGAAUAUAUAUGUUAAAAUAUUACUAAAUUCUGACCAAAGUGGAUAUUUUGAGUUUCAUCUUUGUGUUACAAAUGGAACUGCUGAGACGAAGGCAUGUUUUGAUAAACAUUUGUUAAAGAUAAGUGAAGGUCGUAACCAAGGUGACCAAUUCGCAUAUUAUGUGGACCGUGCUGGAAUUAUUCCGUUAACUGUAGAGGUACCCGACGGGGUUUAUUGCGAUAGAUGCGUGUUGCAGUGGAAAUAUGUUACAG